CAGUGACGCUGUGCUCACCUGCUAAAGAACAUUCGGAUCAGUUUCGUGCUGAAAAGUCUUUACCACAGUAGUGUAAACAGUUGCUGAGUUCAAAUUAGCUACUAGUGCGCGCGCUCGAUUGCAACCGGUCGGUUAAAAGAACGAACCACGACCACCUGUGCUGGCAGUUGAACAGCAAGUAUGUGGAACACAGUGAUAGUGUAUUUAAUUUCAACGGUUAUCGCACUCGUCAUCUAUUCGAGAUGGUCUCGCCGGAAGAUUCUUGCAGCCGUGGCCAACAUGAACGGACCUCCGCUACUGCCAUUGAUCGGAAACUCCUACAUUCUUUUGAAGUUCACCACCACUGAGGCCAUCUAUCAUCAUCUUAAAAAUUUUGGCAACUAUUAUCGUUCUCCAGUGUGCAUCCACAUUGGACCGGCUCUGCACAUAUUCCUGUACAGUCCCGAAGAGCUACAAGUCAUGCUAAAUUCGCCAUACUGUCUUAGCAAGUCAAGACAUUACCGCUUCCUUCGUGUUGACCGAGGUAUCUUUGCAUCUCCAGCUCAUAUUUGGAGAGGACAGAGAAAAUCUUUAAGAGUUUCGUUGGGACCAGCAAUCGCCAAUGCCUCAGCGGACGUAUUUAACGACAAAAGCGCUAUUCUAGCUAACCGCUUAGAACUGUUAGCUGAUGGUAAAGAACGCGACUACUAUCAUGACAUCGCGAAAUGCACAUUGGAUGUGAUUUACUAUACUGCGCUCGGAUUAGACUUCGACAUGCAACGAACUCAAACCGGCGAUUAUUAUUUAGGACUUCAGGAUGAAUUUGUCGACAUUAUAACACGAAGAAUGUUUUCACCAACUCUUUACCCAGAGUUUAUUUAUCGGUGGACUAAAUCGUACAAAAGAGAACAAGAGAUUUUGCGUUCAGCUCGACAGCUUACGUAUAAAAUAAUGCAGGAGCGAAAUGUCGAAGAAAAACUAAAAUCAGUCGAAGUCCAAGAAAAUCCUCAGGAACCGGAAGUAAUCAACACAAAACCGCUCAAUUUUUUGGAUUCUCUCUUGCAGCUGAGUCGAGAACGUCAACAACUAACGAAAGAAGAUAUUGCUCAGCAUUUAGACACAAUUUUAUUCGCUGGAAGUGACACCACCGCAACCACGAUGGCUAGCAUAUUGUUGAUGCUGGCUAUGCAUCCCGAAGUACAAGAAAAAGUUUAUCAAGAAGUUAUGGAGACCUGUCCGGAUAAAGAUCAAUCUGUGUCACUUGAUGACAUUGCAAAACUGACGUACACUGAACUAGUAUGUAAGGAAACAAUGCGAUUGUUCCCAGUUGCUCCAAUAGUAGCCCGGGUUUCAACUCACGAUAUAAAACUAAAUGAUCGUAACACUAUCCCGGCAAACUCUGUGAUUAUAGGAGCAAUCUACCAGGUCCAGAGAGACCCGACAAUCUGGGGUCCGAAUGCACAUCUGUUCGAUCCUGAUAACUUUCUACCGGAGAAGGCAGCGAAACGCCAUCCUUACGCAUAUAUUCCAUUCAGUGCCGGCCCCCGAAAUUGUUUAGGCAUUCGAUAUGCGUGGGUAUUCAUGAAAAUCAUGAUCGUACACAUAAUCCGUAGAUACCAGCUCAAAACUUCGCUAACUAUGGAUUCUAUUAAUAUUAAAUAUUCAGUUCUUUUAAAAAUGCUCAAUGGCUGCCUGAUUAGUAUCGAGAAACGUGAUUAGUUUUUUAUUUGCCUUCAAGGGUUUAAGAGAAAUAAAAUAUUUUUGAAAUUGCCCACCGCGGUAAGGUCGUUCACGGAAAACCACACCGGCUAUUAGUAUUGGCGUUCAAGUUAAUUAGAUCUCAAUCAUUACAUCAUUAUCAUUCAAAGAAAAUUCAUUUCUUUCUUAUUACUAUUGGUGGAUUGGUUUAAGCAGAUGAGUUGUCAGAUUUGUACCCAACAGUUCCAUUUUGAAGCCAUCAUAGACUAAUUGAUCACUAUUUACUAGUAUUUUUAUUUCUAAGUGACGGUUUGAAAUAAAGGCAAAAUUUUGUACUGAAGUAAGAAA